GUUCGUAUUAUCUGCAGAGACGAGGCUGUGCACACCCCCCGCCUCGCUCCAUACUACUCUCGUCCUACCGAUCUCGAUCCCGAUCCCGAUCCCGCUCCUGCCGUCGCCUCCACGGGGAGAGCCGAUUCGCCUCCCUCGCCGAAUAUCGAGACGAUGGGGAUGAAGAGAUGUUGCACGAGAGGCCGGGGCGUCGGCCGCGGCGUCGUCGAGCUCUGGCACCGCGAGCUCGGGGACUUCCCCCCGAGAGCCUUCGCCCACCGCUUCGUUGCUUCCGAGGACCUUGUUCUUCGUUUUGGAGUCCAUAGAAAGUUAGACAAUCAUAGAGGCUGUGUCAACACUGUGAGCUUCAAUGCAGAUGGUGACACUCUCGUAUCCGGUUCUGAUGAUAGAAAGGUGAUUCUAUGGGAUUGGGAUGCUGGCCGUGUUAAAUUAUCCUUUGACUCAGGCCACUCAAACAAUGUUUUCCAAGCUCGAUUCAUGCCUUACACAGAUGACCGGAUCAUCAUCACCUGUGCUGCAGAUGGUGAGGUAAGACAUGCCCAAAUACUAGAAGGUGGAAAAGUGGAUACAACAUUGCUGGCUCAACAUGAUGGACGGGCUCAUAAAUUGGGUAUUGAGCCUGGGAGUUCUUAUAUAAUUUAUAGUUGUGGUGAAGAUGGACUGGUUCAGCAUGUGAGUAGUUUAUCUUGUUUUGUUUUCUUUACAUGCUAUUUUCAGCUUUUAUCUACUUACAUUGCCAGUUUGGUGCAUGUUACACAGAUUGAUUUGAGAACAAAAACUGCUACAAAGCUAUUUACUUGCAGAUCGACUUACGGGACGGCCAUUCAUUUAAAUGCUAUUGCAAUAGACCCAAGGAGUCCCAAUCUAUUUGCAAUUGCAGGAACAGAUGAAUAUGCUCGAGUUUAUGACAUUCGCAAGUAUAUGUGGGAUGGAUCAACUGAUUGUGAUUAUCCUGCUAACUUCUUCUGUCCCCGUCAUCUCAUUGGCAAUGAUAAUGUUGGAAUUACAGGGUUGGCAUUCUCAGAUCAGAGUGAGCUAUUGGCAUCAUACAAUGAUGAGCUGAUAUAUCUCUUCUCUAAGGAUCAAGGACUCGGACCCAAUGCAGUUAGGGAAUCUCCAAUAUCUAGUGUGAAUGCUGAUGCUGGAGAUAAAUCUAAAUCAGCUUCACUUCUGUCUCCAGUUGAUGGGGAUCAAACUGGACCACAGGUAUACAAGGGACAUCGUAACUGUGAGACUGUCAAGGGUGUGAGCUUCUUUGGUCCAAACUGUGAGUAUGUUACUAGUGGUUCAGACUGUGGACGGAUCUUUAUAUGGAGAAAGAGGGAUGGAAAGCUUUUGCGCGCCAUGGAAGGAGACAAAUAUGUGGUCAAUUGUAUUGAACCUCACCCUUAUGCUACUGUGAUAGCAAGUAGUGGCAUAGAGAAUGAUAUAAAAAUUUGGACUCCCAAUGCUGCAGAACCAGCUGCACCUGUAAAAAUAGAGGAGUUAAAGCCGCACAAGAGAAGAAGCAGGUUCUUCCGCUUUGCUCUUCCUGAAGACAUGAUAGCACAGAUCUUGGCACUGCAAAGGAUGCAGACCAGGUCAGGUGAUACAGAUGAAGAUCUAGCAGCUAAUGCAGACUUGAUGGACCUUAUAAUGCAUUUAACAAACAGAGAUGGUUCCUCCGAUGAGAAUGGGGAUACCUCAGAGACCCCGGGCGACUGUAUCGUUAAUUGAUGCAAUUUCGUGUAGUUGCAGCUCAAAAAUUUGUACAUGUGAAUAAAAUUCUGCUGUUUAACUGAGAUGAUUAUUAAGCAUCUACUAAAUUGAUCAUUAAGUUCUUUA